CAACAUGAUUUUUUUUUAUUUUGAUGUGACGUUUCAAAGUUCACCCCGAGUUCACCAUAAUUUUCUCCACUCCACAACACAAUUUUUGAGAUAAUAUAUUCUGUCAAACGAUAUCCGUGUUUUGUUUUUGUUUUAAUAAUUAGAAGGAAAAAAAAUGCUAAUUAACAAUGGGCAAUGACCAGUCAGACUUAAACAAAUUUGUGAUAGACAAUAAAUCAAUUGAAACAACCAAAUACUGGACGUUACAUUAUGCUGAAGUACCGAAAAGUGAGCCAAUAGGGCUGGUAUCGGUUUUUCGCAGUGUUUCUGAGUCGGGGCAAGUGGGCCCAUUUUUUGUCAAUGGAAGUCCACUGUCUAGAGCUAUUAGGAAUUUAAAAAUUUAUCGCCAUCCAUCACUCUUGAAAUACAUUUCAUCGGGGAAAGAUGGUGGUGAGCUGUAUCUGGCUACCGAGCAAUGUAGACCCUUGGUAGAUGAUAUCAAAAACCAAGGAAAUCUACAAAUAUGCUUGGGACUGCGUAACGUCCUUUGUGGAUUAAUAUUUUUAGUGGAGCAGGCUUCCAUGAGACAUUCAAAUGUUUGUUUGCCAUCAAUUUAUGUGCAACAGGACGGAACGUGGAAAUUGUUUGGAUUCGAGCAUUUAUGGUCAGCGAAGGACGUGGAGAGUAUAAAAGCAGCAUAUAACUAUCGCAAUCAGUCCAGCAUAGAUCCAAAUGACGAGAAAAAUGUAUAUGUGGGCAUGGAGCAGUAUGCGUUCGGAUCACUUUGCGAAGAAGUCUUGAAAAAUAUCGAAAACACAAUGCCGCACGCAACAGAGCUUCAGCAGUAUUGUGCUAUUCAUUUAAAGCAUAACAAUCCAGCAAUGCGACCGAAAUUAUCAGCGGUUUUGCUGCAUCCGUUCUUCAAUCAUGAGUUUGUUCUGAUACAUUCAUUUCUGACUGAAUUACCGUUGAAAAGUCCACUAGAUAAGCAACAAUUUUUUACGAAUCUUGUCGGCCGACUGCGCGAAUUCGAUGAGGAAACAGUAGCUAUUCAAUUGACAGACCUUCUUCUAUCCCGACUUGUGCUAUUGGAUCCGACUGCCCGACAGUGUGUGACACCAUUCGUGUUGAGACCGAGAGCGGAUGACAUGUCGGAGGCGUUAUUCAAUGGCCAAACGUAUAAAACUCACGUUACGCCUAAAAUUAUGCAAAUAUUUGCUGUCCGAGAUGCACAGAUUCGAUUAAUUUUGUUGGAAUACUUCGUCGACUACAUGAACUUCUUCAACUCCGACGAAUUGACCGAUCAGCUCUUACCACAAUUGCUCGUAGGCAUCAAAGACACAAACGAUAUUUUGGUGGCCGCAACAUUACGAUGUUUAGCUGAAUUAGUGCCAAUUCUGGGAUCAGCAGUGGUUGUGGGACGAAAUCGUGGCAAAUAUUUUGCCGAUGGUCGUCCACAAGGCGUAUCUCAAACCGACUCAUCAGUGCAUUGGAUCGAGCAUCGAUCGAUUACGCCGGUCAUGAAUUCCGUUAAGUAUACUUCAAACAGUCCACUGUUAGACGCUGCUGACUUAAGUGAAAGCUAUGUGUCCACAACGGUUAAUCUAGUGCCUAUGAGAGACGGAGGUGAUGACGUUAAAUCAUCUAGUGGAGUGAUAGAAUUGGAAGAUGACAAUUGGAGUGACUGGGAUGGUGAAGAAGGUACAUUAACAAAACAACCGCUGGAAAUGACAUUAGAAACAUCAACACACAUAGAAAACGCAAUUAUGGACGUGAAAGAGCUCGACAUUAAAUCGAAACGUCGUCAGUCGGAGGAAAUAGAUUUUUUCAAGGACAUGGAACCGGUUAUUCAUCGGACGAACGUGCUGCUCAUCGCCGAGGAUGGCAUGAACGGUAAUAGUACAACGACCGACGAAUCCAAAAAAUUGAAUAAUCUCGAGAACAGUCGAUUCGAUAUUGAAGUCAAUGAAUGUGAUGCAGACGAAAUGGGUUGGGGUGAUGAUGGAAAUGAUUGGGCUGAUGAUGAUUAAAAGUUAGAAAAACAAAUUA